AUGCCUUUAUCAUCAAUAAUUCCAAGAUAUAAACUUUGUGAUUUACAACUAAACAUGCGGAUUUAUUGGAGACAAUGGAUUGUAAACAAAGAACUUAAAAUUGAAAGUCUUUAUGGAUGUUUUGAUUUAAACUCAACAGAAACAGAGAAUUAUACUAAACCCAAUAUAAAAUAUAAUAACAUUAUUCCUUCAAUACCUUUAACUCAUGGUUGGGAUUGUUUUGAUUUUGCCAAGAAAAUAAAGUUAAAACCAGGUCAACCGAUAGAACAAACUAUAUUUCAUACAUAUUGGAGAUCAGAUCUACGACCUUUGGGUGAUAAACAAAUAGCAACAUUAAAAUCAUUUUUCGCCACUCAAAAUAGAACUCCCAUAGAAAAUUCAAAAAAUCUUUUAAAUAUAGAAGAUAAACAUGCAUAUUUGGAUGGAGAUUUAAUUCGAUUACUGGUAUUAUAUGAACAUGGUGGAAUAUGGUUUGAUAUGGAUUCACUUCUUAUUCGAGAUUUUUCACCAUUAACUGAAUAUGAAUGGGUAGGACAAUGGGAUUGUUUUUUACCUGAAGGAUUUCCUUUCAAUGGAGCAGUUAUGAGAUUUCGUAAAAAAUCACCAUACGUAUGUGAAUUUUUAUCCGAAAUGAGUAAUGGACCUACACCAAGAAAAGAUUCUACGGAUUGGGGAUCAACACUUUAUUUUAAAAUAUUUAAAAGAUUAAUUCAAAAUGGGGUAGAAACAUUUAAAAUAAUUCCUUGGUGUUAUACUGAUCCAUCUUUAUGUAAUCCGGAUAAUUCAAUGCCAAACGCAUUUAAAGAAACUGAAUUUGAUGAAGAAAGAUUAUUACAAGUUUUUUCAUAUCAUUGGCAUAAUCAAUGGGAUAAAAAGAAGGGAAGUUUAUUUAGAUUUUUAGAAAACAGAAAUAAUGAUUUAUUAGGAUUUUAA